UAAUAAUCAACAAAAUAAACCAUGCCCUAUCUAGUAUUUCUCUGCGCAGAAGCCGCUACCUCCUCCUUCUCCCUUUCAGCAGCACAACAACACCCAUUUUUGACAGAUAGAAAUUUAUCUCGGUGUUGUGUUGAAGUCUGUAACUGUUAGUAUGUUGUCUAUUGAUCCAUCAAAGAAGAAUUCUUUUCAGAGGUUUAUUUCUGAUGGAGAUUUGGUUAUUGUAUAUGAGAGGCAUGACAACAUGAAGGCAGUCAAAGUAAAGAAAGGCUCAGAACUACAAAAUAGAUUUGGAGUUUUCAAACAUUCCGACUGGAUUGGAAAACCUUUUGGAUCGAAGUUGCUGAGCAGUAAAGGGGGAUUUGUUUAUAUCUUAGCACCAACCCCUGAGUUAUGGACCUUGGUCCUUAGUCACAGAACUCAGAUUUUAUACAUUGCUGAUAUUAGCUUUGUGAUUUCCUACUUGGAAAUUGUACCUGGCUGUGUAAUUCUUGAAUCCGGGACUGGGAGUGGUUCGCUUACUACAUCUCUUGCUCGAGCGGUUGCGCCUUCUGGCCAUGUUCAUACGUUUGAUUUUCAUGAGCAAAGGGCAGGAUUGGCUAGGGAUGACUUUGAAAGAAAUGGAUUGAGCAAUUUGGUUACCGUUGCUGUUCGAGACAUUCAAGGGGAAGGAUUUCCUGAUGAAUUUCAAGGGAUUAUCGAUUCAGUAUUCCUUGACCUUCCACAACCAUGGCUUGCGAUACCAUCUGCUGCGAGAAUGUUGAAGCAGGAUGGUGUUUUAUGUUCUUUUUCUCCAUGCAUCGAGCAAGUACAACGGUCUUGUGAAGCUUUAAGAUCAAAUUUUACAGAUAUAAGGACAUUUGAGGUCCUCCUUCGCACGUAUGAAAUCCAAGAGGGAAGGAUACAGAGCUCUGAUGGUGGUGAUGAAAGCUAUCGAAGAAUUACUCAUACGCGUAGGAAAAGACAAUGUAUAUCAAGUGAAGAUACCGGUGAAAAUGCGGACAAAGCUACAUCGACCACAACUGUCAUGGUAAGGCCAUGCCAAGAAGCUAGAGGACAUACAGGAUACUUAACAUUUGCUAGACUUAAUUGCCAGUGAUUCACUUAACAUUUUUUGUGUUAACAAUAAUCCUUUUUUCGGAAAAAAGAUGGCUGAACUGAGGAUUAUGAGUGGUUGGAACAUGGUUGUUAUCAUCUGUUUCUUCUGAGAAGAGAGAGGGGAUUAUUAAUGGAAUCAUGUUGUGAGGCUUGUUUUUA